GCUGAAACAUGGCUAGCUACAGGGGUGGUACUUCUGAUGCAGAGGCAAUUGAAAGCUUGGUAACGCCUCUGCAAAAUGACAUAUUUAAUAGACCAGAAGAGAAGCUGGAUUGCACAGUAGGAAUUAAAGCCACGAGGUAGACAGAGAGGGGCUACAGGGCCCCGCAUGGGCCGGGGCCCUUUUCCCCCCUUGGCCCUAGCCCAGGGUCAGGCACGGCACUGAAGCUGAGCUGGGCCCCUAGCUGAGACAUGAGCGCAGAAGAGAUUGGAGCCAGGAGAGUAGUGGGGGGAGCUGGAUGGCCCGUGGGGGCCAGGGCCCUUUCCCUCUCCUCUCGCUGGGACUGCGAGGGGUCUGGCACGGUAUUAGAACCACACUGGGUGCCGUGGCCAAGGGCUGGGGGUUUCCCCACUGUGAGUUGGGGCGGCGGAGAACACUGGAGAGUGACGGCGGUGGCCCGCCAUGGCGUUGGAGCGGCUGGGACCAAGCUGGGCCCCUCGCUGGAAUAUGCAGCAGCCAGAGAGCGAGAGAGAAACUCCUCCAGAAGUCUCCUGGUCGACCUCACUACCUUCCCCCUCACUGCGGGGGGAGGCACAGUAAGCAGGUUGGCCAGGCCUUGUGAAGAAGCGGCAGCAGUCGCAGCAGCUCAGAGUGAGCAGAGAUGCCUUGCUGAGGAGCAGAGUGGGCCUGAAGCAGCAGCAAGGGACGGCACGGAGCAGAGCAGGCCUGGAGUGGCCCAGACGGUACCAGCGGCCAGCUGGAGCCAGACUGAGAGACGCGGGGCCACCCUGCGGAGAGAACUCACAACAGAGCAGAGAGAGAAAAGCUACACUGGAACGUCUUGGGAUAGGACUGAGCCGAACCCCAAGAAACCGGUGAUCUGGAGAGGGGUAGGUCCUGCUUGGAGAGAAGUUCCCUCGAGAGCUUGCUUCCCCGGCAAGGGACCCCACAUGUUGCAGGGAAAAAGGCUCAGAGUUUUAAUUCCCUUGUCUCCUUGAAGCCCAUGGAUGAACCCUC